CUCCCCCCAGGAUAUCACGACCAAUCCUCCAAUAUCCCAUUCAUUUCCACUAUAGACCAGUGCCAAUCACCAUAGCGACAUCAUAAUGUCUGCACCCAGACUCAUCAACCGCUUCAUGCGGCCAUCGACCUCGUCAACCUCUCUUACGACAACUUUUGCCCGGCGCUCCUUCGGCAGCUCGGUUGUUCGUCAAAACAGCGUGAACAACAAUGAUCGCGCACCAUCCACGGCCCCCGAGCAUCGCAAGAACCAGACAAACAAGCCCCCUAACCCUCAUGUGCCCAACACGACCUCCACCAUGACCAAGGACUUCCCCAAGGUCGGUGAGAAGCCGGCUCCCCCGGAGAUGUUGAACUCGGUCGACCCCAACUACCGGCCGGCGGAUCCGUACCCCGGAAGAGUCGAGCAUUUCACCGGAGGUCGCCAGGAGACGGGGGCUCAGAAGCCUGAACUUGGUGUUGGAGAGAUGGAGGGCAUUACCUUUAAGGUUGAGCCGCUGCGCCGGGAGGGCGAGGAUGUUACUACGAUGAGGGCUCGUUUGUUGUAUCAGAGCCGCAAGCGCGGAAUCCUAGAGUCUGAUCUCCUGUUGUCUACGUUCGCCGAUGUUUAUCUGGCCGAUAUGAACAAGGAGCAGUUGCAGGAGUAUGACCGGUUCUUGGAUGAGAAUGACUGGGAUAUUUACUACUGGGCCACCCAGGACCCUCCGGCUGAGGGGACUGAGGCUGCUGUUUCCACUGAAGCAGGCGCUCAGGAUACUCCCACGGAGACGUGGAAGCGUACUGGAGCCAAGAGCGGCGAGUGGGCGCAGACGGUUGGUGCUUUCAAGGCUGCAUACCGGCCCGUUCCGUCACGAUGGGCCGACUCCAAUGUGCUGAGACUCCUGCGUCAACAUGUUCGGGAUAACAGUGCCACGGGCUUCCAUGCUGCUAAGACUAAGAAGACUGGUGGACCUGGUUUGGGACGUAUGCCCAAUGUGCAGGUGUUCAACAACUGAGCUUGCUAGUCUGCUGCCAUAGGCAUGGUGGCGUGUGUGUAAGUGACGCGAGAUUGUAUAGUUGGCUUGUAUUAUAUGUUGGGCGAGAUUGUACAGAUUAUACACCGGGAUGGCUUUACAGGGAUAUAUUGGGAGGGUUAUAAAAGUAUUGCCGUUCGAUAAAG